UUGAAAGAUUAAAAAGACGUAUUAGGAAUAUGGAGAGAGGAAUUAAGGAGUUGAAAGAUAUUAUCGAGGAGAAGAAAAAUGCAGAGGAGGAGCUUCGUAUUGAGAGGGCAAGAAGAAUCGAUUUGGAGCAAAGGAGGAGAGUUGAAUUAGAGAGAGCAGUGGAGGAGAUGUAUGUAGAUGCAGAGGAGGGGUCAGAUAAUAUAAUUGUGUAG